AAACCAUUAAUUAAGAAUAAGUAUAUAUGUAUGUAUAUGCCCUUUAAUUUCUGCCCUAUAUAUACACAUCUUUUCAAUUUACUUCACCACAAAUCAUAACUGAUCAUCAAUACCAUUACCAACAACACAUCACAAUGAGUGUGGAGCUUUUAGAUGGUGCCAUCAUUCUGGGUUUUGUCGAAGACGACGAAGCAUUCAAUGGUUCAGUUAAAGAUCGAUUCAGCCAUCUGGAUACAAACCAAGAUGGUCUCCUCAGCUAUUCAGAGAUGCUCAAAGAGCUGCAGUGUUUCAGAAUGAUUGAAACCCAUUUCGGGAUUGAUGUCAAAACUGAUCCUGAUGAGCUCUCUCAUGUUUACAAUUCACUGUUUGUGCAGUUUGACCGUGAUUCGAACGGAACCGUGGAUUUGGAGGAGUUCAAAGCUGAAACCAAGCAGAUGAUGCUUGCCAUGGCUAACGAUCUCGGUUUCUUGCCCGUUCAGAUGAUUCUCGAUGAGGACAGUUUCUUGAAGAAAGCCGUUGACAGAGAGCUUACCAAGUUGAAAACAUGUGCUUAGAAUCUUUACCUCAAUUUCUUUCUUUUCCCAAAUUUUGGUUUUGCAUUUUAUAUUUGAAAUAAAAAUUAAUCUUUAAGAUUAAGAAUGAUAUGAAUAGCAUAUAUGCUUAAAGUAGAUGAGGUUACUGCAACAAGAACACUCCAAAGCCAUAAUUUUCUUAAUCUAGAUCUGAAUUGGUAAGACCUUGAAUUCGGUAACCGGUUCAAGUCUGUUUACCUGACUGACUCAUGACUAAAAGUCUUAUGGGGUUAGUCGAGGUGCGCACGAACGAGGUGGUUUGGACGUCAUCACGGUUAGAAAGAUCAUAUUUUUCACAUGCUACGAUGAUCAAAAAAUGGAAACCGAGUUCAAUCGGGUCAAGAAGAUGACCCGGCUUGUAAUUUUGCUAUUUAAUGAUUGAAGUUUUGGUCUUUUCUCUUUGGUCACUGAUUAUUGGAAGUAGUUAAAAAAGUUGGUUUAAAACUUAACUUUCCAU